UCUUGGGAACAGCAAAGUGAUUUAAGGUCUGAAAGGAGAUGAGCAAUUCUCAAGAUACAAAAAGUCCCGUAAGACAGGAAGCCUGCUGGUUCCUGGUGCAUAAACUAGGCAGCAGAGGCAGGGCUGCUUGAUAAAAUUUGCCUCUGCUCUUUCAUUUACAAGAAGCUGCCAGGCUCCUCGCGACAAGCUCCCUCCUUCUCUUCAAGGCUGAUGCAUCCCAAGGGUCUUCUCUCCUGGAACUUCCUGCUGUUUCUUUCCCUGGCUUUUGAACGGAGCUGCAAGACAGGUGAGGGCUUGAUGAAUUGUCCAACCAUCCCUGGGCAGUUGGGAAGCAAAGUACUGCUGCCUCUGACAUCUGAAGGGAUAAGUAAGAGUACGAAUAAAAGCAUCCAUAUCUUCGUCACAAUGACAAAAUCACCGGGAAAUGGAUCCCAAAAGAACAAGAAAAUUGUGUCUCUUGAUCUGCCGGAAGGGGGCAUUCCACGCUAUAGUGAAGGUGGCUAUAUGUUUUAUCUGGAAAACUUGAACCUGGAGAUUGCAGAAAGCAAAAAGGAGCAUGAGGGCCAGUACACGUUGACCAUGGAGGAAAAUGAUUCAGUCCAGAACUUUUGCCUGCAGCUGAAGCUCUAUGAGCAGGUAACCACUCCGGAAAUUAAGGUGUUGAACUGGACCCAGGAGAAUGGAAACUGCAACUUGACGCUGGCCUGCAUGGUGAAACAGGGGGACCACGUGGCUUACAGCUGGAGCAAAAAGUCAGACAACUACCCACUGAGUACAGCAAAUGACUCCCACAUUCUGCAACUUACUCUCGGCCCUCAGGAUGCUGACAAUAUCUACAUCUGCAUUGCGAGCAACCCAAUCAGUAGCCAUUUCCAGACCUUCGAACCAGUGUCCACAUGCGGGUCAUAUUCCCCAGUACCAAGAAAAUGGGGACUGUAUGCUGGGCUGUUCUUAGGGGGCAUCAUUGGUGUCAUCCUGAUUCUCCAAGUGGUAAUACUACUGUUGAGAAGAAGAGGUAAAGCAGAUCAGUACCAGCCAACGGUGGAUGAAAAAAGCCUUACUAUCUAUGCCCAAAUCGAGAAAUCAGGAUCUGUUCAGAAGAAACCUGAUCCUCUGCCAGCUCAGGACCCCUGCACCACCAUUUAUGUUGCGGCUACAGAGCCUGUCACAAAGCCUGUUCAGGAACCAAGCUCUACCACAGUCUAUGCCAGCGUGACACUUCCAGAGAGCUGACACCACGGACCCAGUGAAGGGACUUUCUGAAAGAACAUGGAGGAGCUAAAAUAAACACUGAACUUGGCCCCAGGGCUCAAGUUCUUAUGACACUCUACACAUCUGUGCUCUUCUCAGAUCAACUCCUUGGUGAUAUGGCUUCCACAUCCACCAGUGAAAAGGAAAAGAAAGUCAAGUUUCCCAAGCACUCGUCUGCUCUGCAGGGCAUAGGCCCAGAACAGAGUUUUCCAUCUCUGUGGUGUAUCAGACAAAAUAGAUAAUGCAAAUCUAGUGAGUCUAGACCUUUAGGUGUCUUGCUCUUUGCUGGGACUGGAUAACAGAAGCCAUAGGCAAAAGCCAGCACAUCUAGCACCUAUCUCGGACAGUUGACCAUCAGCCAGACCCUGGAACAGUUUACAUUCUGGCUGUCUGCACUUGGUUCUGGGAGUGGAUCCCGAUCACCUGAUCAAGGUUCUGUGCCUCAGUUUUUCUCUCUGGAUGGACAAUAAAGGAUGAAUUCCUUAUUAUAUGUAAAACAAAAUGACAAAAGAAGCUAGAGUCAAUAAACUGAAA